UAUGUGUUAAAUAAAAGGGGUAACACAAGUUGUUUUAAAUUUUAUGAUUUUAACACAACUGUAUCUGGAGUAUAAAGGGAAAGUGACUGUUUAGUUUGUUUGUAAAGUAUAUGGAAUAGACACAAACAUAUGAAGAAAAAUAUACUCAAGCUCAGAAUAAAUGACAUCUUAAAAAAGUCGCACAGCUGCAAGUUUAAUUCUUUACGUUACUAAUCCACUACUCACUGCAAUCUUGUAAUUUACACGUAUCCAUACCACAUAUGACAUAAAACACAGCUUUGUAAGUCAACUGGUAGAUCAUUGCGUUAGCAGCAUGUGGGUUUCAAUUGCAAGGGAACACACAAAUGCUUGAAUACACGUAAUAGCUUGAAUGCACUUCAAGUCAUUUUGGAUAAAAGCAUCUGUCAAAUGCACAAAUGCUAAUAUACAUAAAACAAUACAAAAAGAAGUUCAAGUCAUUGAUCCUUUUUUACAAAACUAUUAUUUUACACUAAUAUGACAAAUAUGUUGCGUGUGCUUUAAGCCCAUGAGGAUUCCGGUCUCUAUCCACACACACACACAUGUGGCGGUGUCUCUGUUGCAGAAGCCGUUCUGUGUGAUAAUGCCAUUGUGUUGACGAAUCUAAUGACGCCUGUUGGUGUCUUACAAAGGCAGCACAAGGUCAUUAAGAGUGUGUGUGUGUGUACGUGUGCGAGCAAGAGAAUAAGAGAAGCACGCGGGAGUGUGUGUUCAAUUGGUUCCCAUGCUCGCAUCUAAAGCUGGACAGCAGGGCCGGGCUCACACACACACACACACAUUAUGGCACACGCCUGUUGACUGAUGCACAAAAAAAGUGUGUGACAUUAACGUGGCCCGGUGCCCCUCUACACACCCUCUGGGUUUUCUCACCCCCCCACCCUUAUUCUCCCUUUUCUUUCUUUUGGCAAUCUCUCUCUAUCCGUCCGUCCCUCCCCAGCUUAGAGGUCUGUGUUUCAUUGAGACUUUUCCCCUUCUAAUCAUUUUUACCCAUCAGAUGAUCCUGCCCCUGUUUCACACGCAGACUAUAAAGAUAGAGUCCUCCCCCACUACACACACAUACACACAGACACACAUGCACACGCUAGUGGUCCUUAGGGAAGCCGUUCGAAGCUUUGUGUUUAGAGACACAUCUGCGUCAAUACUCGUGGCCGAGCUUGUACACACACACACAAACAUUGGGAAUCUCACAAAAAUAUGUUCAGGUCAUACUUCGGCCCAAAAUCGAAGGAACGAGUUAAUUAGAUUUGGCAUGAAAAGCGUAUUUUCGGCCUAUUUGAUGCAAUUUUGCUUUGAGACUUUGACAAGAAAAAUCUGGUUAUUAACUACACAUCAAAUCAAAUGUCAUUUUUUCAGAAUAUCCGAAGGAUCCUAAAUUGGUUUUAUUUUCGUAACGCAAAAUAUUUUCUUUGCUUUUCAGUGGUUUUAGGAUGAAAUGUGAGCAAAUUCCUUAAAUGUUUUGUUAGAAGAUUGUACACACUUGUGCACUAACACUAACAAACACACAGUGAUAAGCUUUUAAUAGAUUUGGAAAAUCUUUAUUAUCCACACAUGUGGAAAUUCUUUUUCAGACUCAUAAUUACAAAUACCACAAAUACAUUGAUAUAGAUUGAUAGUUCACACAAAAAAUAAAUAAAAUCUGUCACAUUCAUUCAAAACCUGACUCUUUCCUCUGUAAAACACACAAGUAGAUAUUUUGAGAAAGUUCUCUGUGGUUUUGAGUCCAUACAACGGAAGUCAAUGUGUCCCAAUGUUGUUUGGUUGUCAACGUUUUUCGAAAUAUCUUCUUUUGUGUCCAGCAGAAUAAAGAAAGUCACACAGGGUUGAAAUGGCAUGAGGGUGAGUAAAUAAUGACUUUUUUUCAUUUUUGGUUACACUAUGGCUUUAAGUCAAUAUAUGCGUUUCUCAAGCAAGAGGUGUGUGUUUAUGUGUGUACGUGUAAGCGUCGGUAGCAGUGCUUAUCUGGUCCUAAUCUGACGGGUGUUUGAUGGACUCAACAAAUGUGUUUCAGCCUCUGUGUGUGUGUUGAUCAGGGGCGCAAGGACCCUUUGAUGCCGUAAUAUAGGCGUGUGUGUGAGGGCGGCUGCCAGGGUCAGCUCUGUCCUGGGAAAGUUGAGCUCUCCAUUUAAAUCAGCACAUAGUGGGACCUUCUGGUGGCUGUGCGAGCGGACGGGUGGACAGAUGGUACCAGCUCAUAGCUGCAGAUUCACUGCGAACUCAACCCGCAGUCAGAGAGCGAGAGAGAGAUGGGGAGGGGUAAGGAGGAGCAAUUUACCAAUUAAUCAGAUAAAUAGAGACUCGGAAAACAGACAUUUUUAUUAUAAUUACUGAAACACUUUUUUGAAAGUGAUGUUAUCAGAUGCUCCUAGCAUCACCAAAUGAAAUAAAACACUAAAUAUUCACUAACAUUUUCAAAUAGAAUACUCAAUAAAAGAAAAAUAAUAUUUUUGAUAUUGGUUGAACCACCUGUCAUUUAACUCAUAAAAUUGUGUUACAAAACAACAAUCUGUAGCAUCCGGACACAUCACAACACAUCUGGCCAUCAGGUUUCCACAACAACAUCAGCUUCAUCAUCAUUUCCCCUUGGCAGAAAUGCCAAGCCACGGUCGCCCCUAGCAAUGAUCUCUCACAUCACCACUCCCACAUGACAUCCUCCAUCCUUCACAUCGUUUAUCACUUGACCUCAUAUUUAAAUCAAGAGAUAUUUGUGGGCUUUCGGCUGUCUGUUCUCAUUUUAAUCAUUCACUGUCACUCGAUCACUACCUGAGGAUAUUCUCUUAUAAAACUUACAUUCAUCUUCUACACACAAACAUAGGUUGAAAUACAUAAUAGGCCUACAAUUCAAAUAUAAGGAUAACCAAAGAAUCAAAAACACCUUUUUUAACUCCUAAGAGAGAAUUAUCCUCCAGUUUGGAGAUAAGAAGUGACGGGUGUAACUGCGCGCAUGUGUCGUGGAUUAAUCCGCUUACGGCAGCAGAUGCGCUUCUGUCAAUCAAGCAGAUCGGGGCGCGCGCGCGAACUUGAGAGAGCUAGAGAGAACGCAGCAGGUGCGCGCGGGAUUUCAAACAUUUACAGCCUAUUAUUACAGUUAAAUAAGUUGUAUUUAAGAAAUCAUGUAAGGAAUAGUCUCGACAAAGUCACGUUUACGGUGAAACACAAUGCCAGCGCGGGAUGAGAAUGAACCCGUGAAUGGAGACGGCGGUGCGCCUCCGGUUCCGCCGAGAGCGACUCUUCAGCGUGACGCGAGGGCGCCGGUACCUGUGCGCAAGGUGAAGUGUGUGCUGGUCGGGGAUGAGGCUGUGGGUAAAACCAGUCUGGUCGUCAGCUACACGACAAACGGAUAUCCAGCUAAACACAUCCCCACUGCCUUCGAUCACUUCACAGCUAAAGUUGUGGUGGAUGGGAGACCAGUUCAACUUCAACUGUGUGACAUGGCAGGACAGAAUGAAUUUGAUCGCCUCCGUCCGCUCUGUUACCGUGACGCUGACGUCUUCCUGCUCUGUUACAGCGUGGUCCUUCCAGUCUCCUUUAAGAACAUCACAGACUGCUGGGCUCCGGAAGUCCGUCGUCUCUGUCCAGGAGUUCCCAUGAUCCUCGUGGGCACCCAGUGUGAUUUACGUGAGGAUGUGCAGAUAUUGAUCACACUCGCUGAUGAGCAGGAGAAACCAGUCAGCACUGAUGAAGGCCUCCUGUGUGCCCGCAGCAUGGGCGCGGUGGCAUUUGCCGAAUGUUCGGCGUUGACUCAGAAGAACCUGAAAGAUGUGUUUGAUUCUGCCAUCGUUGCGAACAUGCGGCAUGAGGAGGAGGGGGGGUGGCUGAGAAGAGAAACUUUAAGAGACAAAACACCAGAUAAAUUCAAACAGCUGUCUGAAACAUGGUGGAGAAAAUUGAGCUGUUUAAUGUGACCCCAGUGAACCUUGCUGAUCGAAACAAAAAUUUUAAUUCUUUGUUGCCUUUGUACAGUAAUUUACAAGACAUUUGGCUCACAGAACAAAAAAGCUUCUUAAAUAGUCAUCACAUUUCAAUUUGCAAGACAUCUUUUAAUAUUGUUAACGUUCUUCAAAAGCUCAGAGAAAUAAAAAAUAGGAGAUUGCUACUAAUAUGUAUAUAAAGAGUCUUCUAUAAGUAUAGAAUUUAUUUUAUUCAUGAUUUUUUUUAGGGUUGGAUGGACAGGACCUUAUUUAGCCUCACCUGUCAUUUUUUGUUCUUGGUUCUGUAGACGUGCGCUUGGAUGACGCAGGAUUGUUUGUGUCAGAUUGGCCCAGUACCUUGCUUUCACAUGACAGGAUCAAGUUAUCCUGUGGACAGAUUGAAGAUCAAGACUAGACAACACGAGGAACCAAAGCCUGCGUAACACCUGUUGUUCUAUAGACCACUGUAAUGCCAACGUCACGCUUACGUCACAGCAUUAGCUGGAGGAGGCCAAUACAAACUAGCACAGAUUCGGCUACAUAAGGAAUUUAAAUAUCAUCUUGUUGUGUUGUUUAGUGCCACAAUCGACAGAAUACAGUCUCCAAUUUGAUAUUUUACACACACUUGCUGCCAUUGCCAAACAAAAAACACUGAAGACAGCUGUAGUUAAACAUAAUAAAACGAGUGGACGGAACAGAAACGAUUAUAUGUUGCACUUCAUGAAACUACUGUGGAUUACGAUUUGUGUCUACAAAUAUCUCACUUAUGCACAAAUCACAAUCUGGAAGACAAUGUUAUUUUUCACGUGAUGUUAGCGCUAACUUUUGAAUGCAUAUGGGGUUGCUAAUUAACUUUGUUAGCAGUGUUGGGUGUAACUAGUUACUGAAUAAUUAGUUACUGUAAUUUAAUUACUUUUCCCUUGAAAAAGUAAAGUAAGGGAUUACUCAUAUGUUUUCUGUAAUUUAAUUACAGUUACUUUUGAUGUAAUUAAACUAAAUACUUUGUGAAAUAUUUGCGUG